AUUUGUUUCAGUACCUUAAAAUAUCACUAGGCCAAUGUUUUGCUAGAGGCGUGUGCUCUCAAUUGAGGUAACCAUAAACACUUGCUUUGGUUAACAAGUUGCUAAUGUGUAUGGAAAUUAUAAUAUAGGAUAGAAAACAAUUUUUAAAAAGUUUUGAUAGCUCAAAAUGUCUUAUUCACGAUCUUCGUAUCGUUCAUCAACAUAUAAAUACAGUGAAGGCAUAUCUGAUGAUUCUUUCACAAGAUCCUCUUUGACGUCAAGCACACGCUCUUCAACCGGCCUCGAUGAAUCGUCGAUUGGCCGAACUUCUCGAUUUACAUCAUCUAUUACCGGAAGUGGUUUGGAUGAUUUAACGUCGACCCGAAGAACAUCUCUUCGAGGUUCGAGAUUCGAUGACGACGACACAGGAUAUUCCAGUUUUAGAAGAACAUCCAGGACUUCUAGCAGAGGCGAUGACGACGAUUUAGGAUUAUCCUCAUAUCGACGAAGAACUUCUGGUCUUGCCGAUGACGAUGAUUCGUUUUCUUUCCGAAGAACGAAAAUUUCUAGUAGUUAUGAAUUAGAUGAUUCUGGCCAUUCUUUGAGAAGCAAACAUUUAUCCACCGUUGAAUCUUCUAGUGAUUCAGCUUAUUCUUCUUACUUAAAAUACGGUAGAUCGUUUCAGGAAUCGUCUACCGAAGAAGAAGUUGAAGCUAAGCCAGGAGAUAUAUUUGUUGCUGUUUUGGAUUAUGAUCCACCAAAAAGUGAUACUGAAGGCAUUCCACUCAAGGAAGGACAAGAAGUUGAAUGUCUUGAUACUUCAAAACCUCGAAGGUGGCAGGUAAAAACAAGACCAUGUGAAGUUUCUCAAGAAGUGAAAGAAGGCUGGGUUCCAUCAGCUUAUUUAGAGAAAAAAGCGGAUGCAGGUGGAAGUAUUACUGAUCCAAAAUUACUAGAAGCAAAAGCUAAACGAGAUUUUUGGAAGAAUUAUCAUCAAUAAAGAAAAGACUAAAUGAAUUGAAGUCUAGACAAACUCUUUUGGAUAAAGGUUUGUACGAAACCUGAUGGCAAGAAAAUGAGAUGUCAAAACUAUUGGAAGAUUCUCUGAAACUGAAGAACUGGUGAUGAACAUCACUAACUCAACACCGCAGUGUAUUAACAAAAACUUCAAACCUGUUACCAGUGUGUUCUCCCAUGAUGACAAAAAAACCGCAAAAAUAAAUAAAUAGUUCGUUACUAACGUUUUCAAGCCAAAAAAAGGUUCUUCUUCAGGUAACAUUGAAUUUCUGAUGGAAUGCCAAUCAAAGAAAACAAAUUUGAAAUUCGAACACGCGCUUCCUGAUUAAACUUUCUUAGGCAUGUGCACUCAACUAUUUAUUUAUUCUUGUGUUUUUUUUUGUCAUCGUGGGAGAACACACCAGUAACAGGUUUGAAGAUUUUAUGAACUGGUGAUGGUUUUUCUUUUGAGAACAGACAAGCUACUCACUCAAAAACCUUUUAAUGCAGUAUAUAAAGGUUUGCAUUAAGAAGUUUUUGAGUGACUAUUUUAUAAAAGUGCAGUUUAGAAAAGAGUAAAUAUUAAUUGAACAAUUGAACUUGUUGUCCUUCAUAAGGUCUAGCUGUGUUUGUUAACGUUACUUUUGAUUUAAAAGAAAUUGUGACAAGCAAAAAGAAUUUAUAUCUGUGAUUUUGAAAAAUAUGUUGUUUUAAUGUAAUGAUGAGCAAUAUGUUAAUACUAGUUUAUGUUUUUGUAGCUGUAGAAAUACAGGAUAGGAAGGAAAGUCACUUAACACCUUUGCUACAGAAUAUAGGAUGUACCCAAAGAAUGUACAGUACAUUGAGCAUAUCAUGUAAUGUGCAUAACUUUGUAACCAUUUAAGGUAGGUCGAUAAUAUCUUUCAGCAAUGAAUUUAGUGUGAAAUUCUGAUCCUAAAUGAUGUGUCACAUGACUCCCUUUCCAUUUAUAAUUGCAUUUAAUAUGGCAACCAUGCAUAUAACAUACAUCAAUCUGUUUCCCCUUUGGUCUAAUGUGUUCUUGACAUGAGCAAAUUAACUUUGGGGACAUUUUAUAUUUUGUAGCAGGGGUGAUAAGUGACUUUCUUUCCCACUCUGUAGAUUCACUAUGUGAGAAGAUUUCAACUUGUCUGGACUCCUGUAUAUCUAAAUAUGAAAGUAUUAUAAUUACCGGUGAUUUUACUACUUGAAUUGGAGACUCAAAUGAUGAUAAAGUUUAUUGUAUGUAUUCUUAUAAAUUUUCACUGACUAAUCUAUUGAGAGUGAAUUCCAGCAAGAUUGUGGGCAAGCAACAUUUAUCAAUGCUGAUGCAGUUACUAAAAGGAGUCUUGUAUUUAGGAAUCUUGUCAAAACAAAGCUAAAGUACAACAGGAAAAAAUUACUGCAGUUUGCUUUAGAUAACGGUUUACUGAUCUUGAAUGUAGAGAAAAAAGUAAAUUUUCUGGGUUAAUUUAUUUUUAUAGCAAAAUUGUGUAAAUCAGUAGUGAAUUAUUGUUUAAUAAUAAUGGAAAAUUUAGUGGAAGAAUUUUUUUUUUCUUUGAUGUUCAAGACAAUACACCAUCUAAUUAUUUUCCCAUUGAGUCUUCAUUUAAGAUGAAGUUAGAUCAAGAAUUCUUAGAUAUUGGCUGACAAAGGUGAAAAGAUUUGUGUAUUGUUGAUUGAGUUCAAUUUUAUAAUCUAAAACAAAUGAUUUAUUUAGUCAUUACAGCAGGAUUUUGAAUUAUAAUGAUUCUUGUAAAAGUUGAUUACAAUACACAAAGUUUAUAAAAUGUACAGAACAAUUACAAAUUUUAAAGGUUAAUGUUUUAAUUAACAAAAAAUUAUAUAAGCCUUGGCUUGAUGAAGAAUGUGAAACUUGAAGGACAGAAUGUUUAAAAAAAUUUAGUUUUUUUAAUUUUUUAUAAGUACGUUGUUCCAAGUACUUUACAUUUUAAAUUGAGACUUAAAUUUUAUAUAAGCUAAAAAUAUUUCAUAAAUUAAAAGAGAUAUAACAAUGUUCUAGAAUAAAUUGAAUAGAUAUCUAUAUACUGUGCUUACUAAUAUGAUCCCUGUUUUCAUGUGAUUUAAUUUUUCUCCUCUAUAUAUAACUAAUAAUUCUGAUAAAUAUCACUUUGAAAUGAGAAUGAAAAGGGAUACAAUGGACAGAAUUAAGAUAUUUUGGAUGUUGAAGUAGUAAGAUAUAUAUACUAAAAAAUGUUAGUACAGUAUAUGCUGUCUGGUGUUGAUGAAAUUUCACUGAUUUUUGUUAAAAAUACUGAAGCUGGCUUCAUUUAAGAAAAUUGUAUGGAAGAAACAAAUUUCGGAAGAUUGGAAUAAUAU